AAAAGAGGUCGAGGUAUUGUGAAUGCGGACAGGAUCAGUCAGUUGCCUGAGGCUUUGAUUAUUCAGAUACUGUCUUUGCUUCCUACAGAAGUUGCUGUUACCACGAGUGUUUUGUCUAAGCAAUGGCAGUUUCUGUGGAAGAUGUUGCCUAAACUCAACUUUGAUUCUUUAGAUCAGAGACAUGAAUUCAAAACAUUUUCAAAGAAUGUUAAAAGGGCUCUGCUUUCACAUAAGGCUCCGGUUCUGCAUAGUUUGCAUCUCAUAGUUCAUUUACAUUUAUGUAAUUCAAUGAAUACUGCAAAAUUGAUUGGCAUUGCAUUUGCCUGCAAUUUGCGUAAGUUGGUACUCGAAGUUGAUGGGGGACGCUUCUCAAUUCCUGAAAGCUUGUAUAACUGUGAAACGCUAGAUACCUUGGAACUCAAGUAUUCGAUUCUUAUGGAUGUCCCUUCUUCGAUUUGUCUGAAAUCCCUUAGAACUCUGCACCUUCACUAUGUGGACUUCAAAGACAAUGAAUCAGCUCUUAACCUUUUAUCUGGCUGUCCUAAUCUUGAAAACUUGGUGGUGCAUCGAUAUCCAUUCAGCAGUGUGAAGACAUACACUAUUGCGGUGUCAUCCUUAAAGAGACUAACAAUUUAUACAUCAAGUACUGUUGAUCCGCGCGCUGGAUAUGUGAUAAAUUCUCCUUCUUUAACAUACUUGAAGAUUGUAGGUCAAAUUGGGUUUUGUCUGAUAGAGAACGUACCAGAGCUGGUGGAGGCAAGUAUGAUUGUUUCCUCUCAGAUAAUCAAUAAGAACCUUCUGGAAUCUCUAACUUCAGUCAAACGUCUGUUCUUAGAAUUCUCACCCUUGAUGAUUAAGUUUCCUGCUGGUAGUAUCUUCUAUCAGCUGGUAUAUUUGGAGCUACUGACACAUGAAGCAGAGUGUUUGAAUCUACUUACUCUAAUGCUUAAUAGUUCUCCUAAAUUGCAAAUUCUAAAGCUCCUCAGUCCAAAGUAUCAAAGUUGGAAAAAAGAUGUUGUUGGGAAAUGGAAUAAGCCAAAGAUUGUUCCUGAAUGUUUAUUGUUUCACCUCGAGACGUUCAUGUGGAAAGGAUACGAAUGGAAACGAAACGAUGAGACCGAAGUGGCGAAAUACAUCCUAAGUAACACAAAUCGUUUGAAGAGAGCAACUUUCUUCUCAAAACCCAUCAGUUCUGAAGAGAGAGUUAAAAUGGUUAAGAAUUUGAAUAGUGUGGUCAGGGCUUUGAAUUCAUGUCAGCUUCUCAUUAAAUGA